CCUAACUGAAAAAGACUCACAAUUCUCAAGCUGCUUCACUUUCCUUCCGAAAUGUCGGCCUUUGAUCUGUUGGACUCCACUGACUCCGACUACUCCAUUGGCUCGUCCGACUCCAAUCUCGCCGGCGGUGUCACGCCGUCAUUCUGUCGGAACUCGAGCUUCAGCAGCGUAAUCCUGAACGACAGCUGGAGCGAUUUGCCGUUGAGCAUCGACGACUCGCAGGACAUGGCCAUUUACAACACCCUCCGUGACGCCGUCAACUCCGGCUGGACGCCGUCAGAUCAUCCCCCGGUCGCGGCGGAGGAGGUGGGUGGGGCGAGUGGAUCCCACGCGCCGCCGCAGAGGCAGAGGAAGGGUAUGCAGUACAGGGGAGUCCGGCGGCGGCCAUGGGGGAAGUUCGCCGCGGAGAUAAGGGACCCGAAGAAGAACGGCUCGAGGGUUUGGCUGGGAACGUACGAGACGUCGGAGGACGCGGCCCUGGCCUACGAUCGAGCGGCCUUCGAGCUCAGGGGCUCCAAGGCUAAGCUCAACUUCCCUCACCUUAUUGGCUCCACCCACUACGAGCCGGUUAGGGUUAGGCCUCGCCGCCGCACGCCGGAGAUCACGGCGGUUUCAGACGUAUUCUCGCCGGAGCAUAAGAGGUUACGGAGUGCUGACGAUGGAUCAGGGUUUGUCGCGAAUAUGAGUUUUGUGGAAGCCCAAUGUGCUACUGCCGUCGAUGAUCCGACCUUUUCAUAUUCCAAUAAAAUUUUCGACUUCUGAAGUCGUAUUUUUUUAUUCA